ACAUUUCCAUCAUUUCCCUUGUUCCUAGGUAGUGGAACUGAGAGACAUCUCUCUCUCUCUCUCUCUCUUUUUUUUUUUUUUGGUAACAACUCUCUCUCUCACACACUUUGUUGCUCUCCCCUUCCUACCCUUUGGAGUGCCCGGGGGUGAGAGCUCCAACCCUAGUUCCAAAGUCCCCAACCCUAUUCUGUUUCCUUACUCUGCAGUCCUCGUGUUCCAUUUUGCACAUUCGUUAUCUCUGGGGUUGAAGAAUGGUGGUGAAGCCGGUUCGCAUUAGUAGAUGUGGAAAUGGUAGCAAUGGUACUAGUCUCGACAAUGGAGUUCGUCUUACAGCCGAGGAUCACCAUGUGGUCGUUUCGGAGGUUUCUGUGGGCGAUGAUGAUACUACUGUAAAAGUAAAAUGCGAGCAAGUUAGCCCAGUUACGGAGAGGAGGAGCAGCGCUAGGAUUCAGAAAUUAAAUAGUGAGAAAGCUGUACGCCUUCGUGGUAGGUCGAAUAACCCGGAAGAGAAAGUUGUUCGGAAGAAGAUUAGGUUGUACGAACGAAGAAAAGGGGGUCAACCAGAUCACGUCGGUGAUGAUAACAAAUCUUCUGAGGGUAACGCUAACAAGGUGGUUUUGGGGUCAAAUAAUAAUAAGAAGAGCAAUGGCUGUUCUUCUAAUGUUAAGGAAGCAGCUCGGGUGAGUCGCUCGAUAGAGGUUGCAGAAGAGACGGGGAUUGGGGGUGGGAAAAGUGCAUGUGCCCUUGUUACCGAGACUUUGAGGUCUUUUAGCAGGCAUUUCCUUCACUUUGUUCAGGAAGAGGAAAAGAGGUGCAAAAGAGGAGAAAAUGAUCAAAAAACAACCAAGGGUUCAAAGUCCAAGGGUUCAAAGUCUAAGAAACGGAAUGCACCUGAAGAUGACACAAAGCGUAGUGCACAACGACCUGAUCUGAAGGCAAUAACCAAGAUGACGGAGACUAAUGCCAUACUGAAUCCAAAUAAAAGAUUUGGUUCCAUUCCAGGUAUUGAUGUGGGGCAUAAGUUCUUUUCACGGGCUGAGAUGGUGGUUGUCGGUUUUCACAGCCACUGGCUUAAUGGAAUUGAUUACAUUGGGCAAAAUGGCAGCAAGGACUAUAGUGGGUACAAAUUACCCCUUGCAAUUGCCAUUGUUUUGUCUGGUCAGUAUGAGGAUGAUCUAGAUAAUUGUGAAGAUAUUGUGUACACUGGUCAAGGUGGGAAUAAUUUACUUGGCAAUAGGCGCCAAGUGAAGGAUCAAGUAAUGGAACGUGGUAAUUUGGCAUUGAAGAAUUGUAUCCAGCAAAAUACACCAGUUAGAGUUGUUCGUGGCCAUAAGUCCGCAGACAGUUAUGUUGGCAAGGUUUACACAUACGAUGGCUUAUACAAGGUAGUCAAGUACUGGGCAGAGAAAGGUGUUUCUGGAUUCACUGUUUUUAAGUUCCAGUUGAAGCGGGUUGUUGGACAACCUGUACUGACCACCAAUCAGGUUCUAAAUGCUCGUGGUCAAAUCCCUAAAUCCAUUGCAGAAAUACGAGGGUUGGUAUGUGAGGACAUCAGUGGGGGUCAAGAGAAUAUUCCCAUCCCUGCUACCAAUUUGGUUGAUGACCCACCUGUUGCACCCUCAGGUUUCACAUAUUGCAAAAGCCUACAAGUAGCAGGAAGCGUGAAGAUACCUCAGAACGCGACUGGGUGCGAUUGCAAAGACAGGUGCACAAAUCCCAAGAGUUGUACUUGUGCAAGACUUAAUGGCUCAGAUUUUCCAUAUGUGCAUCGUGAUGGUGGCAGAUUAGUUGCACCAAUGGGCGUUGUCUUUGAAUGUGGUCCUAAUUGCGGUUGUGGACCUGAUUGUGUCAAUCGAACAUCUCAGAAAGGGAUGAGAUACCGACUUGAGGUUUUCCGCACUCCAAAGAAAGGCUGGGGUGUGAGAUCGUGGGAUCAUAUACCUUCUGGGGCACCAAUAUGUGAAUACAUAGGAAAGCUCAUGAAGACGGAUGAUGUGGACACUGCAUAUGAAAAUGACUACAUUUUUGAUAUUGAUUGUUUACAAACAAUGAAGGGACUGGAUGGAAGAGAGAGACGAUUACGAGAUGUAUCUAUUCCCACAUGCUUGGACAAAAGUGACGAUCAUAGAUCUGACGACGGGCCAGAGUUCUGCAUUGAUGCAGGUUCGACUGGGAACAUUGCCAGAUUCAUCAACCACAGUUGCCAACCUAAUCUUUUCGUUCAGUGUGUUCUGAGCUCACACCAUGACAUCAAGCUUGCUAGAGUAGUUCUAUUUGCAGCGGACAACAUACCUCCAUUGAAGGAGCUUAACUAUGAUUAUGGGUAUGCCCUGGAUAGUGUGAUGGGUCCUGAUGGAAAGGUAAGACAAUUGCUUUGUCACUGCGGUGCAGCUGAUUGUCGGAAGCGUUUGUUUUAGGCUGCUGCAUUGCCAUCCUUCUUUUUUUUUUGUUUAUAUUACUGGUACAUGCUUUUGUCUCUGCUCUCUCCGUCGAUCUCAUAUACUGGUGGGUGUAGGCAAGUAGUUGGUGGCUGUAUUUGCAUUAACUGUUAUAGCUGAUGUACGUUACCACCCCUUCUCUUGGGGAUUUUUCCAUGGUGAAUUGCGUCAAAUGCAGAACAUAUUCCUCUGUAUUCCAAGGAAUCAAAGAUAUGAUAUGGCCAUUUUGGAACUGAUUUGAAACUA